AUGCUUAUCAACCUGACUGUGUCCUUCAAGGAGUCCCGUGCCUUUCAUGGAACGCCACCCGCCAGCCCUCGCGGUGUUGCGCCCCUCAUCUUGGAAGUGACAGCCAUGGACACCCUCCCUGUCCUUCCUGCCCCUGCUCCCCUACCCCUCACCCCUGCUCCUACUCCUCUGCCACCUCCCCCACCUCCUCCACCUCCCUUCACCUCCUCUCCUCUGACCCGUAUGGACUCGGCCCGUCGCAGCCGGCUGAGGAAGCUGAACUGGGAGCAGAUCCCUAAGGAGAAGGUGGAGGGGAGGAAAAGUGUCUGGAGUGGAGCGGCUACGGAGGAGGAAGAGUUCCCUAUAGACCUCCACUCUCUGGAUGAGCUGUUUAGACAGAAGGACUGUAAACCUCAGGACAGAGCCGGGAGUUUGAGACGGAGGUCUGUGCUGAUGCGAUGCAGUUCACCCCAGGACAACACCACGGAUAAGGUGAGAUAGCUGGGAGAGGAUGAUGGGGCUGGAGAUGGGUGGGAGAGAGGAUGAGAGGACUGGAGAUGGGUGAGAGAGAGGAUGAGAGUACUGGAGAUGGGUGAGAGAGAGGAUGAGAGGACUGGAGAUGGGUGAGAGAGAGGAUGAGAGGACUGGAGAUGGGUGGGAGAGAGGAUGAGAGGACUGGAGAUGGGUGAGGAGGAGGGAGGUGGGUAUGGAGAGGACUGGAAUGGAGGGAUGAGAGAGGACUGGAGAUGGGUGGGAGAGGGGAUGAGAGGACUGGAGAUGGGUGAGAGAGAGGAGAUGAGAGGACUGGAGAUGGGUGGGAGAGAGAGACAGCACCACAGACAAGGUAUGGGAUAGGAGCGCAGUAUGAGUUAGUGCCAGUCUGUGUGUGCAUACUACAGUGGAAUGUUGUUGCUGUGCCAAGACAACAGCAUGCUGGCUAGUGGCAGACACUGACUAGGUGUAGUUUAAACUGACACUGACCGGCACCGAGGCUAGGUGUGGUUUAAACUGACACUGACCGGCACCGAGGCUAGGUGUGGUUUAAACUGACACUGACUGGCACCAAAGCUAGGUGUAGUUUAAACUGCCAGGUAGCAUAUAUUGAUAGAAUGUGUUGUCUGUAAAGUUGAAUGAGAUACUGUAGAAAGAUACUGCAUAUACCACACAGGAGGCUGGUGGCACCUUAAUGGGGGAGGACGGGCUCGUGGUAAUGGCUGGAGCGGAAUCAGUGGAAUGGUAUCAAAUACAUUACAUUGGCUCCGUUCCAGACAUUAUUAUGAGCCGUCCUCCCCUCAGUAGCCUCCAGUGAGAUACCGGUAGACUACUGACUAUUAUUCCACCUUGAUGAUAGUAUCUGACAUGUUCUCUGUGUGUGUGUGUUUGCAGGUCUCACUACUGGACUCCAAACGCAGUAUGAAUGUUGGAAUAUUUCUACGGCAGUUUAAGACGUAAGGAUCUACUUCCCUUUCCUCAUCACACUCUUUCAUUUUCUUUUUUCGAAGAAGUAUUUAUCUGUAAGGUCCUAGAGAGCACAUGCUGCUCUGGUAUCAGAGGUCAAGCGCCAUGAAUCAGAAAAGCUAUUAGAGUCUGUAGGGGGAAACACAAGGGGCUAGGAUUGCACCCAGGGGAACAACCCUUCACACUGGAGAUGGACUGGAGAGGAUGGGCUUCUAUCGAGGAGUGGGAAGUGUGGGGGGGGAUCUUCUAAGUAUGAGGGGAGAGGGGGUGUCAAGAAGGUGACAGGUGCAGAUGAGAUGGCAUCCUGCCUUAGCAGCUGGACUGUGGGGGGGGCACAGGGUGAGGGUGGUAGGGGGGUAAGAUGGUGAGCCAAGGGGUCAAAGUUGACACCUGCUCAGACCGUUAAGGAGUGCUGCCCUCCAGUAAAGACAGUCGGACAUAGGCUGCAUCCCAAAUAGCACCCUGUUCCCUUUAUAGUGCACUACAUUUGACGAUGGCCCUGUAGCGAAUAGGGUGCCAUUCAUAGUCCUCCUCCUUUACUCUGUAGAGUCUUUGAGUCUGUAAACACAAGGUGAAAAGUAUUUACAUUACUUGUAAAACCAAAGGUUGUGCUUUUCUAUAGCUUGAUGUUUUCACUUUUCACUUUUAUUUUAUGUAGAGUUUAGAUCGUAGGUUUAAAAUCGGUGUACUGUUUGGAAUGUCUCUUGGUUGAUGCUGCAGAUAUGGUUGGUCUCUGUGGGUCAGAUAUGGUUGGUCUCUGUGGGUCAGAUAUGGUUUGUCUCUGUGGGUCAGAUAUGGUUGGUCUCUGUGUGUUGGUGUCUGUGGGUCAGAUAUGGUUGGUCUCUGUGGGUCAGAUAUGGUUUGUCUCUGUGUGUUGGUCUCUGUGGGUCAGAUAUGGUUGGUCUCUGUGGGUCAGAUAUGGUUGGUCUCUGUGGGUCAGAUAUGGUUGGUGUCUGUGGGUUGGUCUCUGUGGGUCAGAUAUAGUUGGUCUCUGUGUGUUGGUCUCUGUGGGUAUUAGUAUUGCACGGUACACCAAAACGUAGGUACUUUUUCGAUACUAGAACAUGAAAAACGCUUCAGUACUAGAAUUUGUUACUCUCUGUACUUCUGUCAAAUGUGUCGCACGUCGUCUACUGAUUGAGAGAGGAUCUAGUCUGUCUAUCAGCGCAGCCGAUGACACUUAUAGCCUCCACUCACUCAUUAGAGCACCGUGCCUGCUCCACACCCUCCACUCACUCAUUACUAGCUCUAGCCUGCCAUGAGGAACCACUGAACUCACUGGGAGUCUGGGCUGCAUCAUGUUAGCUCCCCACUCAUGCUGCACAGAAGUUAACAUGUAGAAAGAAAUGUUUAAACUGCUAAUUACUGUUCCCAAAACAAUGUCCAGUACAGGCUAGAAUACUACAGAAGAUACCGGUAGCUUCCAGCUUUGUAGGCUAACUUUCCUUGCUAGCUUACAGACGAAGACAACAUCAAUUCACUACCCUAGUACCUUGUUUGUGAUAAUAAGCAAACCGUAACGCAGAAUAUUGCUGAUUGUUACCAAAAACGUUAUUAAUUCACUUUGUUUCCCUCACCUCACGUCUCUCCCAGUCAAGAUAAUCUUUCCUCGAGCCUGGAACGGACUUUGUGUGUGAAUGACGUCAAGGUCGUGAAGAGACAGCGUACACGUUUGUAAAAGAAGAGAUUGUUGUUGAUCAGUCCAAUAAAAUAAGUCCCAAAUGGAAGGUAAACAGUGUUUCAUCUGUAGCCUCAUGAAAUCAGCCAAAACAAGAUCAAUAACACAAUGCUUGCACACACCCCUAUUGAAUAUGUAUUCAUCUGUAUUGUGAAAAGACCUUGGCUACAUCUCGGUUUACCCAGUUUUAUCAAUAGAGAUUUACCAUUCAAAUAAAUGAUUACCGUUUAUGUGGUUAGAUUGGUAAUAAACUGUCACAUUGAUUUGUAUAAUUGAUUCAUUAAUGCAUACAUUCAAACAUUUCAAAAGUAAUGAUAUUGAACUCUACAGAUCUGUCCGGAUCAAGUGUCAUUCUGCGUCUUUGGCUAAUACCACUUAUUUCUUUACCGUGGUAUAGUGAUGGUAUCGCGUAUCGAAGUCAAAAUUCUGGUUUUGUGACAACACUAGUGGGUAUGAUGGUAGCUACCAGACGAUGCCCUCUUGCAGAGCAGGUAUGUUGUCAUGCCCGCGCGUUUACUGAACACAGAGUUCACGGAGAUUCAAUUGUUUGCGUCCUACUUGAAGAGAGCUUCUCUCUAAACAAAAUAUCUGUCAGAACAUGUAGUUGAAAGCCUUUAUAUGAAGAGAGGUGAGCCUAUGGACAAAAACAUGUCUUCUUACAUGGAGCUUGUUUGUCUUGUGUGAGUCACAAGGUACUUUUAGAUUAGCGACAUGGGUGGAAGUCGUUUGAACAGAUUGGUCCCUUCGUGAGACACUACGGUAUUAGAACAUGUACUACCUCCCUCUACCUUUUCAUUAUGCUCAAUUUCAGCUGUGGCGACUGUUAUUGUAACCAGCAUUCAGUUCUGCGUAGAAAUAACAGGCCGGAGGUUAUGAAGGUAGAGGCUAAAAACCUUUCAUUCAACUCUUUUGAAUCAGGAUAAUCCCAGUUGAGCCACGUGUAUUUUCAAUCCUUAACAAAGGUUAAUGUUAUCUGUGAUUCAGACAGGCAGAGCCACGGUAUUAGUGAACACAGGGCAGACAGGCAGAGCCACGGUAUUAGAGUGAACACAGGGCAGACAGGCAGAGACAUGGUAUUAGAGUGAACACAGGGCAGACAGGCAGAGAGGAGGUAUUAGAGUGAACACAGGGCAGACAGGCAGAGAGGAGGUAUUAGAGUGAACACAGGGCAGACAGGCAGAGCCACGGUAUUAGAGUGAACACAGGGCAGACAGGCAGAGAGGAGGUAUUAGAGUGAACACAGGGCAGACAGGCAGAGCCACGGUAUUAGAGUGAACACAGGGCAGACAGGCAGAGCCACGGUAUUAGAGUGAACACAGGGCAGACAGGCAGAGCCACGGUAUUGAGUGAACACAGGGCAGACAGGCAGAGCCAUGGUAUUAGAGUGAACACAGGGCAGACAGGCAGAGAGGAGGUAUUAGAGUGAACACAGGGCAGACAGGCAGAGAGGAGGUAUUAGAGUGAACACAGGGCAGACGGGCAGAGAGGAGGUAUUAGAGUGAACACAGGGCAGACAGGCAGAGAGGAGGUAUUAGAGUGAACACAGGGCAGACGGGCAGAGAGGAGGUAUUAGAGUGAACACAGGGCAGACAGGCAGAGAGGAGGUAUUGGAGUGAACACAGGGCAGACAGGCAGAGCCACGGUAGUAGAGUGAACACAGGGCAGACAGGCAGAGCCAUGGUAUUAGAGUGAACACAGGGCAGACAGGCAGAGCCACGGUAUUAGAGUGAACACAGGGCAGACAGGCAGAGAGGAGGUAUUAGAGUGAACACAGGGCAGACAGGCAGAGCCACGGUAUUAGAGUGAACACAGGGCAGACAGGCAGAGCCACGGUAUUAGAGUGAACACAGGGCAGACAGGCAGAGCCAUGGUAUUAGAGUGAACACAGGGCAGACAGGCAGAGCCACGGUAGUAGAGUGAACACAGGGCAGACGGCAGGCCACGGUAUUAGAGUGAACACAGGGCAGACAGCAGAGAGGAGGUAUUAGAGUGAACACAGGGCAGACAGGCAGAGCCACGUAUUAGAGUGAACACAGGCAGACAGGCAGAGCCACGGUUAGAGUGAACACAGGGAAGACAGGCAGAGAGGAGGUAUUAGAGUGAACACAGGGCAGACAGGCAGAGAGGAGGUAUUAGAGUGAACACAGGGCAGACAGGCAGAGAGGAGGUAUUAGAGUGAACACAGGGCAGACAGGCAGAGCCACGGUAUUAGAGUGAACACAGGGCAGACAGGCAGAGAGGAGGUAUUAGAGUGAACACAGGGCAGACAGGCAGAGAGGAGGUAUUAGAGUGAACACAGGGCAGACAGGCAGAGCCACUGGUAUUGGAGUGAACACAGGGCAGACAGGCAGAGAGGAGGUAUUAGAGUGAACACAGGGCAGACAGGCAGAGCCACGGUAUUAGAGUGAACACAGGGCAGACAGGCAGAGCCACGGUAUUAGAGUGAACACAGGGCAGACAGGCAGAGCCAUGGUAUUAGAGUGAACACAGGGCAGACAGGCAGAGCCACGGUAGUAGAGUGAACACAGGGCAGACAGGCAGAGCCACGGUAUUAGAGUGAACACAGGGCAGACAGGCAGAGCCACGGUAUUAGAGUGAACACAGGGCAGACAGGCAGAGCCACGGUAUUAGAGUGCAACACAGGGCAGACAGGCAGAGAGGAGGUAUUAGAGUGAACCAGGGCAGACAGGCAGAGAGGAGUAUUAGAGUGAACACAGGGCAGACAGGCAGAGCCACGGUAUUAGAGUGAACACAGGGCAGACAGGCAGAGAGGAGGUAUUAGAGUGAACACAGGGCAGACAGCAGAGAGGAGGUAUUAGAGUGAACACAGGGCAGACAGCAGAGAGGAGGUAUUAGAGGAACACAGGGCAGACAGGCAGAGCCACGGUAUUGGAGUGAACACAGGGCAGACAGGCAGAGCCACGGUAUUAGAGUGAACACAGGGCAGACAGGCAGAGCCACGGUAUUAGAGUGAACACUGGGGCAGACAGGCAGAGAGGAGUAUUAGAGUGAACACAGGGCAGAACAGGCAGAGCCACGGUAUGGAGUGAACACAGGGCAGACAGGCAGAGAGGAGGUAUUAGAGUGAACACAGGGCAGACAGGCAGAGCCACGGUAUUAGAGUGAACACAGGGCAGACAGGCAGAGCCACGUAUUAGAGUGAAACACAGGCAGACAGGCAGAGCCAUGGUAUUAGAGUGAACACAGGGCAGACGGCAGAGCCACGGUAGUAGAGUGAACACAGGGCCAGACAGGCAGAGCCACGGGUAUUAGAGUGCACCACAGGGGCAGAACAGGCAGAGCCACGGUAUUAGAGUGAACACAGGGCAGACAGGCAGAGCCACGGUAUUGAGUGAACACAGGGCAGACCAAGGGUUAGUGAACAGGGCAGAAUGAGGAGUAUAGAGUGAACACAGGGCAGACAGGCAGAGAGGAGGUAUUAGAGUGAACACAGGGCAGACAGGCAGAGAGGAGGUAUUAGAGUGAACACAGGGCAGACAGGCAGAGAGGAGGUAUUAGAGUGAACACAGGGCAGACAGGCAGAGAGGAGGUAUUAGAGUGAACACAGGGCAGACAGGCAGAGAGGAGGUAUUAGAGUGAACACAGGGCAGACAGGCAGAGCCACGGUAUUGGAGUGAACACAGGGCAGACAGGCAGAGAGGAGGUAUUAGAGUGAACACAGGGCAGACAGGCAGAGCCACGGUAUUAGAGUGAACACAGGGCAGACAGGCAGAGAGGAGGUAUUAGAGUGAACACAGGGCAGACAGGCAGAGAGGAGGACUGUAAGAGAAAGACAGAAAAGGGGGGGGGGUAUAAGGGAGAGAGAGGAAGAGCCAGGGAAAGAGAGGGGGGGAAAGGAAGAAGUGAAGGAAUGGGGUGAAGCUGUCUGAUGUAGGUGGUGAUGAAAGGAGAGACUCCUGGAGGAGUUGAGCUACAUACUAGACUUGUGUCAUUUGGAGGAAGUCGGGGUCAGGGAGAGGUCAUACAGUCAGGGACUGGCCAGCUUCUGCUCUCGCUCUCUCUCUGUCUGGCGAUAACUCAACCUCUAAGGACCGCUGUGUGUGGGUGUCUACUUAUGUGUUUGCCCAAGUGUCUGUGUUGAGCGCCUGUGUGUGUUUCUAUAUCUGUGUGUGUGUUUGCUCAGGGCACAUGUCAUUCAGCGUGUCGCCAAUGUGGCGUCAAAGGCCUUUUUUCCCAACAAUCAGUCAGAUAAGAGGGGAUAAGCUUGACUGCGUGUGCGUGUGUGUGUGUGCGUGCACCAAGCAGAGCAAUCAGAGAAUAUCAAACCCCCUCCACCAUUCCAGACCCCUGGAUGAAACCCCCUCCACCAUUCCAGACCCCUGCAUGAUACCCCCUCCAGCAUUCCAGACCCCUGUAUGAAACCCCCUCCACCAUUCCAGACCCCUGCAUGAAACCCCCUAUUUUCUUCAUUUCCUAAAUGAUGAGUGUUAAUUUGAAUCACCUCAGUAUAACAGUGACUUACAUCCUCCGGGGUUGGCUUAAACCCCAUUUCUCUAAACCCCACAGACAGUGCAGCUGCGUGUGUGUUUGUGUGUAAGGUGAUGUCACCAUAGAGCUGAUGUGUGUUGUCAUGUUUCCACAGGGCUGCCCAGGAGAUAGUUGAGGAUAUCCGGCAGGGGGUCGGGACCCGCUAUGGGGCAGAGAAACUGGCCGAGCUCUGCAAACUGCUGCCUGACACCGACGAGGUAAAGACUCUGCUCCGUGUCCUCUCUGACACACCGUAGAUCCUACUGCAACAGCACUGACUAGCCUGUAGCCCCCACCCCUCUCUUCAUCUGGUUCUGAUGAUCCUAAUCAACAGUUUGCCAUUACACCAUCGUCUCAGAAUUGUGAAGGGCUUACUGACAAUACAUGUGGUAAAAUAUGUUCCCAAUGACUGCACGUGUUGUUGUAUAUGGACAUGGUUAUAAGAAUAUAAAGUAAUAAUAAUGACUCAUCCUGGGUGAUGGUGGUUCUACCGCUGGACUCAUCCUGGGUGAUGGUGGUUAUCUACCGCUGGAACUCAUCCUGUUGAUGGUGGUUCUUAACGCUGGACUCAUCCUGGGUGGAUGGUGGUUCUACCGCUGGACUCAUCCUGGGGAUGGUGGGUUCUACCACUGGAAAUCCAUCCUGGGUGAUGGUGGUGCUAACCGCUGGACUCAUUCCUGGGUUGAUGGUGGUUCUAACCGCUGGAACUCCCUCCUGGGUGAUUGUGGUUCUACCGCUGGACUCAUCCUGGGUGAGGGUGGUUCUACCAACUGGAACUCAUCCUGGGUGGAUGGUGGUUCUACCACUGGACUUAUCCCUGGGUGAUGGUGGUUCUACCGGCUGUACUCACCCUUGGGUGAUGGUGGUUCCUACCGCUGGACUCACUCCUGGGUGAUGGUGGUUCCUACCGCUUGGACUCAUCCUGGUUGAUGGUGGUUCUACCGCUGGACUCAUCCUGGGUGAUGGUGGUUCUACCACUGGACUCAUCCUGGGUGAUGGUGGUUCUACCACUGGACUUAUCCUGGGUGAUGGUGGUUCUACACUGGACUAUCUGGGGAUGGUGGUUCUACCGCUGGACUCAUCCUGGGUGAUGGUGGUUCUACCACUGGACUCAUCCUGGGUGAUGUGGUUCUACCACUGGACUCAUCCUGGGUGAUGGUGGUUCUACCACUGGACUCAUCCUGGGUGAUGGUGGUUCUACCGCUGGACUCAUCCUGGGUGAUGGUGGUUCUACCGCUGGACUCAUCCUGGGUGAUGGUGGUUCUACCGCUGGACUCAUCCUGGGUGAUGGUGGUUCUACCACUGGACUCAUCCUGGGUGAUGGUGGUUCUACCACUGGACUCAUCCUGGGUGAUGGUGGUUCUACCGCUGGACUCAUCCUGGGUGAUGGUGGUUCUACCACUGGACUCAUCCUGGGUGAUGGUGGUUCUACCACUGGACUCAUCCUGGGUGAUGGUGGUUCUACCGCUGGACUCAUCCUGGGUGAUGGUGGUUUUACCACUGGACUCAAGCAAAGUUUUAAAUUCUACAAAUUAUUUCUGGAGAUGCUAGUAAAUGAAACCUAGGUGGAAUUCCCAGUAAAAUGAAUGAGGCUUGUAGAAUGUAGCAGGAAAGCUGACUGAUAAUAUCUCUAAGUUGUCUGUCUGGGUAUUUUCACAGGAGGCUCGUCUGAAGAGGUUCAAGGGAGAGCGCAGUAGGCUUGGGGAGCCUGACCUCUUCAUGAUUCUGCUAGUGGAAGUCCCCAGGUAUACCACACAACCUAGCACUUCACUGUUUUAAACUAUUACAAACCCUAACCUUGAAGUUCAAACUGUGUUGCAAAAUAUGCCAAUUUAUCUGCUGUUCUCAUUUUGCAGUGACUCCCACUCUCCACACACUAAUGGCUGACUCACUAACUUUCCACUCUGUGCUGAUGUGUGUCUCUCUGAUGAUCGAUAUGGCUCUAACCACUUCCAUCCUCUCCUCUCCUCCCCCCCCCUCUCCCUCCUCUACCCCCCCUCCCCUCCCCCUCCUCUCCUCUCCCCCUCCUUUCCUCCCCCUCUCCUCUCCCCCCUCCUCUCCUCCCCCUCUCCUCUCCUCUCUCAUCUCCCUCCUCCCCCUCUCCUCUCCUCUCUCAUCUCCCUCCUCCCCCUCUCCUCUCCUCUCUCAUCUCCCUCCUCCCCCUCUCCUCUCCUCUCAUCUCCCUCCUCCCUCUCUCAUCUCCCUCCUCCCCCUCCUCUCUCCUCUCCUCCCCCUCCUCCCCUUUUCUCCCCUGUUAGCUUUCGUCUGCGUCUGGACGCCAUGAUCCUGCAGGAGGAGUUUGACCCCGCUGUGACCUCUCUCUGUCUGGCGGCCAGAUGUCUGAGGGAGGCGGCCAGAGGUAAACCAUCAGCAGGGGCUUUUAGUUAAGGGAUACGUCCCAAAUGGCACCCUAUUCCCUAUAUAGUGUACUACUUUUGACCAGGUUCCAUAGGGCUCCGGUUCAAAGGUUGUGUACUAUGUAGGGAAUAGGGUGCCAUUUGGGAUUAACCCUAGGCCUACUCUACUCCCUAUCACCGUUCACUUCCCCUUGUAGUGCUCUUGUCUUGUUUGAGUUUAGUAUGAAAUGGUGGAAGUUAUUAUUUAGUUGUUUUUAGUUUUACUCUACACUACUACUCAUCACCAUCCGUUUAACCCCCUUUGUGGCCCAUCCACUUCCUCUUUUCGAUAAUACCAAUGCAUCCCAAAUGGCACCCUAUUCCCUACAUAGGGCACUACUUUUGUCCAGAUCCCCAUGGGCCCUGUUAAAAAGUAGUGCACUAUAAAGAGAAUACGGUGCCAUUUCGGACGCAAACAUGGCCUACUGCUCUUCAUCAGCGCCCCCACCCCUUUAAUCACCAGCAGGGGGUUUUAGUUUCCCCUUUAAUCCCCAGCAGGGGGUUUUAGUUUCCCCUUUAAUCACCAGCAGGGGGUUUUAGUUUCCCCUUUAAUCACCAGCAGGGGUUUUUAGUUUCCCCUUUAAUCACCAGCAGGGGUUUUUAGUUUCCCCUUUAAUCACCAGCAGGGGUUUUUAGUUUCCCCUUUAAUCACCAGCAGGGUUUUUAGUUUCCCCUUUAAUCACCAGCAGGGUUUUUAGUUUCCCCUUUAAUCACCAGCAGGGUUUUUUAGUUUCCCCUUUAAUCACCAGCAGGGGUUUUUAGUUUCCCCUUUAAUCACCAGCAGGGUUUUUAGUUUCUCUUCUAAGUGUUCAGUCUUGUUUGAGUUUAGUCUGGGAUGGUGACCUGAAGUUGGUUCAGAAUUAGUGACGUGAUGUACUGUAGGCUACAGAUGGGCCACGUGGGUUUUUGUCUAAAGAAGAUAUGAGAUCGUUUUAUUCACCAGUUUUAUAUCCGUCUGUCCGUCCGUUUGUCUGUCCCGCUGUCCCUCUGUCUCUGUCUCAGAGCUGUUGAGCUGUCCUGAGCUGCACUCCAUCCUCCGUCUGGUUCUGAAGGCAGGAAACUACAUGAACGCUGUGAGUCAUGUCUUCUUUCUCUUCCUCCUUCCUUUCUAUCUUUCAGAUGAAAUAGAGAGACGUCCUUUAUUUGUGUGCACAAUGCUGCUGGUGUAGGACUGGGGUCUGGGACGGGGGUCUGGGACUGGGGUCUGGGUCUGGGAAGGGGGUCUGGGAAGGGGGUCUGGGACGGGGGUCUGGGUCUGGGACGGGGGUCUGGGUCUGGGACGGGGGUCUGGGACGGGGAUCUGGGACUGGGGUCUGGGACUGGGGUCUGGGACGGGGGUCUGGGACGGGGGUCUGGGACUGGGGUGUGGGACUGGGGUCUGGGACUGGGGUGUGGGACUGGGGUCUGGGACUGGGGUCUGGGACGGGGGUCUGGGACUGGGGUCUGGGACGGGGGUCUGGGACGGGGGUCUGGGACGGGGGUCUGGGACGGGGGUCUGGGACGGGGGUCUGGGACUGGGGUCUGGGGUCUGGGACGGGGGUCUGGGACUGGGGUCUGGGACGUGGGACUGGGGUCUGGGACUGGGGUGUGGGACUGGGGUGUGGGACUGGGGUCUGGGUCUGGGGUCUGGGACUGGGGUCUGGGACUGGGGUCUGGGACUGGGGACUGGGGUCUGGGACUGGGGUCUGGGACGGGGGUCUGGGACUGGGGUGUGGGACUGGGGUGUGGGACUGGGGUCUGGGACUGGGGUCUGGAGCGUCACUCUGGCUGCACCUGGGUUUUGUAAUGUUGUGUUUGUUUAAGAUGUCGGGGGUGUGUGUGUGUGUGUGUGUGUGUGUGUGUGUGUGUGUGUGUGUGACCUCUUUUCACUGACCUACUGUAUUUGACCUCAGGGUGGGUACGCAGGCAACGCAGCAGGGUUCCGAAUCGCUUCUCUGCUCAAGCUGGCCGACACCAAAGCCAACAAGCCAGGCAUGAACCUCCUGCACUUCGUGGCCAUGGUAAGACCUGAUCUAGGAUCAGGUACCUUUUUGUGCAUAUAGCUGUAUUCAUUAUCAUCAAAAAUGCAAAACUGAUCCUACUGUAGAUCAGCACUCCUACCCUGAUGUAGUCAAAUAUACACCUUCCUAAUAUUGAGUUGCAUCCCCUUUUGCCCUCAGAACAGCCUCAAUUCGUCAGGGAAUCGACUCUGUACAAGGUGUCGAAAGCAUUCCACAGGGAUGCUGGCCCAUGUUGACUCUAAUGCUUCCCACAGUUGUGUCCAGUUGGCUGGAUGUCCUUUGGGUGGUGGACUAUUCUUGAUACACACAGGAAACUGUUGUGCGUGAAAAACCCAGAAGCAUUGCAGUUCUUGACACACUCAAAACGGUGCGCCUGGCACCUACUGCCAUACCCCGUUCAAAGGCACUUCAAUCUUCACCCUCUGAAUGGCACACAUACACAAUCAAAGUUUGUCUCAAGGCUUAAAAAUCCUUCUUUAACCUGUCUCCUCCCCUUCAUCUACACUGAUUGAAGUGGAUUUAACAGGUGACAUCAUAAGGGAUCGUAGGUUUCACCUGGAUUCACCUGGUCAGUCUGUCAUGGAAAGAGCAGGUGUUCGUAAUGUUUUGUACACUAUGUAAAUCACAUUUGCAGUGAAGAGGAGACCCUUGAAGUGCUUGACUUUAAUUGAUCUUUCAGUGAAGACUUAAGCUAUAGCAGUAAUAUGCCACACAUCUCAAGAAACUCUCUCUAGAUGCAGUUCAAAGACGACAGAAUUAAUCCCAGACUACUCUUUAUUGAAGACUAACAACCAUCUGACAGACUGCACAUUUAGUUUCCUUUGAAAAACUUGACACUUAUUUAGCAGAAUUGUUCAAUUGGCAUAGAUGAAAUGGGUCUUCAGAAUGUCUUUCAAACUAUGUGUUGGGUAUUUGUUGUAUUUGACCAACCAUUAAUUAUUACUUUCACAAUAACCAUAUCAACACACUGAAUCGUGACACAAUGCAAUGAUUCAGACAGAAUUAUGACGGCUCACUGUGUGAAACAAUAGCUGGAUCAGCGCCGUCUCUGUCUCCACAGGAAGCGGUGAAAAAGGACCAGAGUUUACUGUCGUUUCCCAGCCAACUAGGACAUGUCGGCCCCACAUCCAGGUCAGUAAGAGCCAAUAAUACAGACCCCCCCCAGUUUAGAAAUGCCCCCCUUCCUCAUAGGGAAUGGGCCACGUUCAGUUGCCAAACAUUGUCGAACGUUGCAGAUAGAAUUGCCAUGAAUAGAGCCAACAUGAUUCCUUGGUCUACGUGUCAGAGAGGCAUGUUUCUAUCCCAACGUUCCAAAACGUUGUCCUGCUGAAUGAGCCCCUGUUCUAAUAGUUUGAAAAUGUACCUUGGGGCGAGCCCAGAUCUUUGCGUGAUCUGCGCGUAAAGCAAGGUUUCCACUUCAUUGCUUUUAACCAGUCCAGCAGAUCUGUAAUUAAUUAAACAGAGGAAAGAAGGAAGGAAGCAAUCUGAAGUGUUUGAACGUGGCCCGUGGUGUUUUGUAUGCUUCGGGGGAGCAUAUGAGAUCCGCCCUAUAACAUCAAUACGCUCCAGCAGGCUGCUAACACACACAGACACUACGGCUGCUUUAAGACUAGUUUCAACAGGACUGUAUUGUGUUACAGUACUGGAGCUCUGUCCAGCUGUUAGUGAUAUAACUAUCACCUUUUUAAUAUGGCUCAUGACAACAUUUCUGUUUCAAUCCAAUAUCACGGCUCUGUUGGGGUUGUUGGGAUUGGUUAGCUAUGUAGGACACUUAGAUUGAGUCCCAAAUGGCACCCAAUACUUUUUGUCGAUGCACUAUAUAGGGAAUAGGGUGCCAUUUGGGACUACACCCUUUACUGUCAGUUACUCUGUGGGUAUCGGUGUUACUGUCCGUCAGUCAGGACCUAGUAAUGAGCGACAGCCUACUCCUGCUGGGGUAGAGCCAAAGGGGAAAUCUUGGACGUAUUAAGAUGUCUGUCAGAGGAAAAUAACAGCUUUAUCUAGGUCACAGCUUGGGAACCACCGCUUUGACUUAUAAUCUUAGUAACAGCAUCUUCUGAAACAAAGACUCCUUGUAUGUUUUACUUUGCAGCAUAGUCUCUCAUGGUUAAAAACACAUGGUUUUAUCCAGAGCUGUACAUUUACACAGUUUGGCCAACUUUUAGAACAGAUGCCGUCUAGUUGUUGGGUCACAGAAUCUCACUGUAAUCACUUUACUAUCAUCUAUAAAGGUGGACUCUGCGAAAUGACGUUGCCACGAGCAGCACCGGAGAAAUUGAGAUGAGCAAGAUGCAACACUUUGCUCACACACAGUAUCUGCGCAAGUGCACGGGUUCGCUUCAGCCUGUUCACAGUGUGAUAGCCAGGGAGAAGUUGAGCCUCGUGCUUUAACGCUCUUAGUUGUUACGGAAAUUGACCCCCUAUGCUGUUUACUUUCUGCAGCCACCUCAUAUCGCUGAGUCUACCUUUUUAAUGUCAUGUAAAGUAAUGCAUCUCUCGUCUCUGUCUUCCUAUAGGUUGUGUGAGGAGUCCGUAGUAGAGGAUCUCUCCAGGCUCCACAGCCGUGUGGCAUCCCUCAGGAUCAGUGUCCAGACGGAGGCAGACCUCCAGCAGCUCACACAGCCUUUCCUGGAGGUACGGAACUGAACUAGAUUCUAGAACAUGGAUUUAGAACAUUUUUACAUUUACAUUUUAGCCAUUUAGUAGACGCUCUUAUAUAUAAAAAAAUAUAUAUAUAUAUAUAUUAUUAAUUUUUUCAUACUGGCCCCCCGUGGGAAUCGAACCCACAACCCUGGCAUUGCAAGCGCCAUGCUCGACCAUCUGAGCUACACGGAAACUGAGCUAGAACAUGCUAAAUUCUUAAACACUGAUCUAUGGUAUCUAGUGAAGUGAGAAUUUAUGAACUCACAAAGAACAAAACUGAAACUCACACGGCUUUGGUUAACUCUGAGUCUCUUCCCUCCAUAUUCGUCCUCCUGAGUCAAAAUGCACAACAGUGAGUCUAAUCUUGCUCUCGCUCUCUCCAUCUCUAGGUGGCAGAGGAGCGUCUGAAGGAGGCGGAGGAUGAGGUGGAGGGGAUGAGGAUGUCCAGUCAGGCUCUGGUCGAAUUCUUCUGUGAGGAUGACAGCACCUUUAAACUGGAGGAGGCCUGCAGGGUCUUCCACUCCUUCUGCCUUCGCUUCCAAAGAGCUGUACAGGUGAGACCAACUGCUUUACAUCAAGCUGUACAGGUGAGACCAACUGCUUUACAUCAAGCUGUCUGCAUGGGUUCACCCUACAUGACCAAAGUCCACAUUUUGUCCAUAUUGAAAAAAUGUAUGAAAACUAAAAUGAGUUUUUUGGUCCUAAUUCAAGGUUGGGUUUAGGCUUGGGUUUAGGGUUGGGUUUAGGGUUGGGCUUGGGUUUAGGGUUGGGUUUAGGGUUGGGCUUAAAAUCUGAUUUUAAGAAGAGAAAUUGUAGAACUAGGUUGGGCUCCAUCUAGACACCGUUGCCCUAGAGCACACAAAAAAACUAUACAUACAGUUGAAGUCGGAAUUUUGCAUACACCUUAAACUCAGUUUUUCACAAUUCCUGACAUUUAAUCCUAGUAAAAAUUCCCUGUUUUAGGUCAGUUAGGAUCACCACUUUAUUUUAAGAAUGUGAAAUGUCAGAAUAAUAGUAGAGAGAAUUAUUUAUUUCAGCUUUUAUUUCUUUCAUCACAUUCCCAGUGGGUCAGAAGUUUACAUACACUCAACUAGUAUUUGGUAGCAUUGCCUUUAAAUUGUUUAACUUGGGUCAAACGUUUCGGGUAGCCUUCCACAAGCUUCCCACAAUAGGUUGGGUGAAUUUUGGCCCCUUCCUCCUGACAGAGCUGGUGUAACUGAGUCAGGUUUGUAGGCCUCCUUGCUUGCACACGCUUUUUCUGCUCACAAAUGUUCUAUAGGAUUGAGGUCAGGGCUUUGUGAUGGCCACUCCAAUACCUUGACUUUGUUGGAAGUAUGCUUGGGGUCAUUGUCCAUUUGGAAGACCCAUUUGCGACCAAGCUUUAACUUCCUGACUGAUGUCCUGAGAUGUUGCUUCAAUAUAUCUACAUCAUUUUCCUUCCUCAUGAUGCCAUCUAUUUUGUGAAGUGCACCAGUCCCUCCUGCAGCAAAGCACCCCCACAGCAUGAUGCUGCCACCCCGUGCUUCACAGUUGGGAUGGUGUUCUUCGGCUUGCAAGCAACCCCCUUUUUCCUCCAAACAUAACGAUGGUCAUUAUCGCCAAAGUUCUAUUUUUGUUUAAUCAGACCAGAGGACAUUUCUCCAAAAAGUAUGAUCUCCAAUUGACUCAAAUGAUGUCAAUUAGCCUAUCAGAAGCUUCUAAAGCCAUGACAUCAUUUUCUGGAAUUUUCCAUGCUGUUUAAAGGCCCAGCCAAUUUAGUGUAUGUAAACUUCUGACCCACUGGAAUUGUGAUACAGUGAAUUAUAAGUAAUCUGUCUGUAAACAAUUGUUGGAACAAUUACUUUGCACAAUGCACAAAGUAGAUGUCCUAACUGACUUGCCAAAACUAUAGUUUGUUAAAAAGAAAUUUGUGGAGUGGUUGAAAAACAAGUUUUAAUGACUCCAACCUAAGUGUGUGUAAACUUCCGACUUCACGUGUGUGUGUGUGUGUGUGUGUGUGUGUGUGUGUGUGUGUGUGUAAGGAGUUAUAGACAGAUGAGGAAAAAAAGAUUAUAUGAUAGAUACGUAGAUAGAUAUGAUAGAUACGUAGAUAGAUAUGAUAGAUACGUAGAUAGAUAUGAUAGAUACGUAGAUAGAUAUGAUAGAUACGUAGAUAGAUAUGAUAGAUACGUAGAUAGAUAUGAUAGAUAUGUAGAUAGAUAUGAUAGAUACGUAGAUAGAUAUGAUAGAUACGUAGAUAGAUACGUAGAUAGAUAUGAUAGAUACGUAGAUAGAUAGAUAGAUAUGAUAGAUAUGAUAGAUUAUAUGAUAGAUACGUAGAUAGAUAUGAUAGAUACGUAGAUAGAUAUGAUAGAUUAUAUGAUAGAUACGUAGAUAGAUACGUAGAUAGAUGCGUAGAUGCUUUGCUGAUAAAUGUAUGCUUUAUGUUUCUUAUUUUACCUGAAACUCCUUUAACUCAUCCUGUUCCCUCUCAGGAAAACGCAGAGCGGAAACAGAAGGAGCAGAAGCGGAUGGAGCGAGAGCGAGAGAUGGUGGAGAAGCGUCGCUCUGUGGCCGUGUGUACAGGGCUGGACCUGGGUGUGGUUCUGGGUCAGGUGUCUCCACCGGGCACCCAGGAGAACCAGGAUGACCUGGAAAGAACCCUUGAGAACCUGAGCCACACUUGGAGCCAGCGCAGCCUUAGAACCCAGGAGAACCGUAGGCUCUCCAACCACCUCCAGAACUACAACUCUCAUCUCCUCCAAAACAACUCCUCAUCCUCCCCUCCUCCUCAAACCUCCUCCACCCGCUUCCAGAACUACACUUCCCACCUAAUCCAGGACACCACCUCCGCUCCUCUUCAGACAUCCCCUGAUUUGGGUAGAAUCGCAUCACCCCAUCUCCACCUCAACAACUCCUCCAACCUCCGCAGUACCUCCAUCCACCCCCAGACCUCCCCAGGGCUACCCUGCCCCACCUACCCCAGCCAGGAGAGACCGUCCCUGGGGACAGAGACCAGGACAGAGCCCCUGGUCCAUCAGCACCAACCAGUCCUGGAGACAAAGAGACCACAUCAUGAGGGGACAACUCAGACUCAAGUCUCACAACCUCAACAUGAACUGACUUCUAAUGUCACUCAAACCCAGUGUGGACUUAGAUUCAAUGUCCCCCAAAACAGGCAGGACACUAUUGCCUAUGCCACACAAACCCAACAUGGAAUUGCUACUAACUUCAAUGAAAGCCGACUCACACCAAUGGCUCGAGUGACUAAAACUCACCAUGAACGGACAGUUGAUGCCAGCCUGGACCAGCGUGUACUGACCACUAAGUCUAUGGCCAGUCCUCAUAGACACUCCUCCACUACCACUACUGCCAUUCCCAGUGUGAGAAGAAAUACCAUUGGUCUUAGACACAGGUACGGCCUAGUGGGGACUGAGCCUACCCCCGUUUCUCAGGCGAAUGCCACAGACUCCUCAGUCAGAGACGCAGCGCAUCAAGACCCUGACCUCGCUCCUCUCACAGGGUCAACGGUCACUGAGGUGACUCAGCAGCCCUUUGAGAGCCAAUCAGAAUCAUCCAUGGCCACUGACCCCCCAGACGGUGUCCAAUCGCAGGAGGCUAAGGGAGCCAAGGAGACCACACAAGGAAGUGGUUUGGAGCUGAGGCCUGAGGGGGGAACAACCCAGCAGAGGGAAACAGAAUCUCCCUCUACACCAGUGGAACAGAGCUGGCUGCCUCCCAGCCUACCAGAGCUGAGCCCACAGCGGGCACAUCAAUGCCCAGAGGUCUCCAGUCCCUGACAGGGGAGAGGGAUCGGUCGUACCCACGUGUGGGCGAAACCCUGGAGUACCACACCCUGGUCCGAGGCCUGCGUUCUUACGACACCAUAUCCCCUCCUCCCACUCCCACCUCAACCACACCCCUCCCUAGAGCCCCACCCAGCCUCUGUUCCAAGUGGAGGAAAGAGAGGCAGGCAGAGACUCCAGGGGCUGGUGCCGGGCUUCCAAUGGGGAAAGAGGACUCUCGGAGCGGGGGGAACACUCCUGUUGUCCGAGGAGGGGCUAAGAGGGGCUUGGUACCUCGUGCAGGUCAACCGAACAAUACAGGCAUCCAUAGGGUGCGUUUUAUUUCCAAACCAGAGACACCCACUGGCCCCGUCCCAAAUCCUAAUUUACAGACUACACCACGUUCCACUUGUCUGGCGUCCCCAUCCAUACGCAGCGCCUCCAUACGCUCCUCCCCCAUCACACGUCCUACUACUACCCAGACAGAGGUGAAGCGGAGCAGUAGCUCCAGGAGUGAGAGGAUCCAGGCUGGGGGUGAGAACCAGCAGCAGGCCCCAGGGAAACCCACCUUGACCCGCCAGGCAUCAGAGAGAGCUGGGCUGGGGCUUGGACCAGAGAGGGAAAGGACUUCUAGCACCAGCACCACUAGUAGUACAGCUAGCAGCCAGCCAGCCUUUGUCAGAGGCUCCCCUCUCAGGGUGACCAAACGUCUCGCCCCCACCGCCAACUCUGAGACCCAACACCCCUCUCAACCCCGCUCCCCACACAGCUCCUCCUCUGCUACGGCUAAAGCCAUCCGUACAGCUGUUAUAGCUGCGGCCAGGACUAAAACAACCAAGACGAGCCCCGGCACAGAGCCCUCUAGAGCUGCUGUCUCUGCCUGCAAAACCCCCACAGCAACACGGAUACCUGGACCUAAAAUGGCCCGUCCUGCCUCCUCGCCCAUGUGGAAGUGA